AUUUCUGGGUCCAUUCAACGUGUUGAACCAUAUACAGACAAUUUGUCCUAUGAUUUCGAAAACUCACUUAUGUUUGCUGUGGAACAAAGAAACAACUCUGGCAACUUGGACCUCGAUUACAAAUGGGUAUUGUAUUUAUAAAGGGAAUACUUGUCAAAAAUAGAUCUUAUUUUUUAUCACUUGUUUUCAGCUGAAUUUACAAACCGGUCAUCACUACGUAGAUAUCAACGAGAAUGGAACAGCUAUAACUCCUGGCGUCGAGUGGACCAUCAAGUAUACGACGAAGACCGUGAAUGUGGCUUCCGACGCUACAAAUCUCAAUUACUAUCUUCGAGGAUGCCGAUUAUCUUCCGAACCACUGAAAUAUUUCCCCAUAUACCAUAAGUUUAUUUUCUUAUUUACAUUUAUUAUAAAUCAAGCACACUGUUUUACCAUAUAAAAUGUCAAUAAAAUGAGAUGUUUAGGAAUAUUCGAGUCACUGAUUUAUAGUAAUGAUAAAUAAUUGAUUAAUGCACGUAGGACCCAUUGCCUAUUGGAAUGUGAAAUCGAGAGAACAAUGUCUCGCUGUCAGUGUUUGAAACUGUCACAUCCCAAAUUACAUGGAAUGCCCCUGUGCCGCGCUCGUCGACUAACUUGUUCCAGGGAGGCAACGGUUUCGUAUGCAAUUGAAGAAUGCAACUGCCUGCCAACGUGUAACGUCGACCUCCACUAUGGAGUUCCCGAGGCGUUUGAUUUGAUUACAAAUUCUCAUAACAUUGACAGUUUUUAUGACAACCUGGACCUUAAACGUGCCACCGUCAUCAGAGUGAUUGUUCAGAAACACGAAAAGAAAAUAUGCGAACGACGCUCUUACUUUCUUUGGCUGAAUCUCUUCUCGCAACUAGGCGGUAUAUUCAACGUUUUUCUAGGCUGCAGCGUCCUCACUUUACUUGAGAUAUUGCAACUCGGCUGGAGAACUUUAAUGAGUUAUUAUAACAGAAAAAGUCAAUAAAUACUUCUGAAGGUCAUAAACUGAAGUAGUUUUCAAUAAAUGUUUAAUUUAUUCAGAUAUGUUCUAAGUAAUAUGUCUUAAAGAAUGUCUUUCAUAUAAAACAUGUAGAGUUUAUAUUAAAACUCAA